GGAAAAACUACUAAGCCUCCAACCUUUUUAUUUCAUUCGCCCGGUAGCGCUUACUCAACAUCGUCGGGCAAUAUUAUUGGGCCGUUGAGGCGCAAGAAAAGGGUAAGCGGCGAGGCUGAAUGCGAGGCAGUGUAACACGAAACAGGUCACGGGCGUUCUCGCAUCCUUUGCACAGCGCACUCAGCACAAUCCUUCGACGGCACAGUAAGGCAGUGAGGCAGAAAUAAGGAUCGCGAGGCGCCGAGAAGGGGAGGACUUAAAGAUGGCGUGUUGUCCGGUUUUUGAUUUUGCUGUUCAUUUUCAGGCGCGAUACAGAGUCUGAAGGACUCUACAGCACUUCCAACAAUUCACAACAUCGAGCGCCGGCUUCCCGAUAGUCUAUAUCGCAUCCACCCCUCCGACCGAUACACCGAUACGCGACUUCAUCUCCACCUUCCAAGUCUACUACCAACCAAUCACAAUGCCACCGCUCUACCACUCCCUCCUCCGCCUGGGCACGACAUCCGGCGCCAACUCCACCCCAAACCCACACAGCCGUUCCAACCUCCCUACUCUUCACUCCCUCCACCGCCGCUGGUCCUCCUGCUCCUACUACGACACAUCCUGCUCCACGCACCGCACCAUCCUCCUGACCAUCAUCCUCGUCGUCAUCGCCCUCAAACUGCUCAUCAUCACCCUCCUAGUCGUGCGCCACCAGAAGCGCAAGGCGCUCAGGAGACAGGCUGCGCAGGCUACCAUGAGGCAGAUCAAGCAGCGCGAGCGUGAGCGUGAGAGUGGAGCUUGUUACGGCAGCUACCCAAGUGGAACAACGCUGGGUGGUGGUGGUGGAGAGGUAGAAAUGCCGCCGCCGGCGUACACGCCCAGAGGAGGCGGGAGAAGUGCGAGGAGUCCUGAGGUGCAGGACUUCAAAUGAAGGGCGGAGCCUGUGAAGAUAUGAAGCCAGCUCCACGGAAACAAGCCCUUAAAAGGGGCGGAUGCAUCGACACUUAGCAUGCGUCCUUCCUUCGACCGCCAUCCCAUCCAUUCUCCGCGCCCGGGCGCACGCAGAUUGCACCUCUAGCAUCUACUAUGGUGCGGAGUAAGGCGGGACCCCGCUGCCUCAACGACGAACGACCACGAGAACGAAGAAGGAAGGCGUAUUGGAGGCUCGUGGUCGCCAUUAGAGCGUUAGGACUAUAAGGGAGGCGUUUGGUUCCACACCUCGCAGAGACAUAAUAGAGAAGGCUGCAUCAGGCCAGGCUGAGACGCCUGGAGGCUUUAGUCUUUCGAUAGUACCUAGAAGCAAAUCACGACUCCCUUAGCAUAGUCAGAAUAGAGCAUUGCACACAAGCAGAGUUGGAAGAACAAGAAAACCCGUCGAU